UGGAAACUUUUUUUCGCGGACGGAUUCGAGUCCGCCUACUACGAACUGCGUACUCCGUGCUUCCUCCAAUCUUCGUAACCCUGCCUACCUAGGUACCUAUUCGUGUCGCCGGGUUCGAGCUGGGGACUCUCAGCGCACGGAGCCAGGAGCAGCCCAACAAAGGGAAAAGAAGAUAUAAAAAAAAGAAAAUAUGGCCGGCCUCAACCCUCUCCCGCCGUCACACGUCCACAGCACCUCCCGCCUCACGCACGCGCAGGCACACAUCUUCCUCUCGUCCUUCCUCGCACAAACCGAGAUCGACGCCUCAUACCGGCCGGACUCGACACUCACCGAACGCGGGCCGCAAGCCGUCUCGACAGGCUCGAAUCCGAACCUCACACUACACCACCUCAAGCGCAUAUUGCAGGGCAUCGAGGGCAAACGGAUCAUCUCCAACCUGAACCUCGAAGCUGAGCUCCCGUCGUCUACCUCUGCCGCCGGCGACCUCGACCAACCCACCAGCACACGGCCCUCAAAACGCCCCUACGACGGCGGGCCCGACAACGCAACAAGCAGAAAAAAUGCGAAAGCGAGCCGCCAAGUUUACGAGGUGAUUGACCCCCAAGCUGGGCCCGCGGACGAUAGUGACGGGCCCGCCAUAGCCGCAGCCACAGCCGCCGCAGAUUUAGACGACUGGCAGGAUAAGGAGACGUACGCCCUGGCGCAAACUGAAGGAAACCUCGAUCUCACAGCCGAAGACAGACAUCCCGGGGCGGAUCUGGAUCAGCCUGCCAACGAAGCCGAGGAACAAGACUUGGUGAACAUCGAGAUCGAAGGAGAAGAGCGAACGAGCAAAAAGGACAAAGAUGAGAGGAAAAGGUUGAAGAAGAUGCGCAGGAAAGAGGAGAAGUCAAAAAAUGCAGACGUUAAGAGGAAGGAGGCUACCAGGGAUUGAAUGGUUCCGUGGUGUGGACAAAGGUCUGGGGUUGAUAUGUCAGACCUGGCUUGUUUUAUACAUCACAUUCGCGGACCUUCACAGAGCACCCUGCAUGCGCUCCAUCAACUGCUCCCAGGCCCAGCGAAGUUUUAGCUGUGGACACGACUCUGGCCGGCUGCUCACGGUUCCUCCGGAGGGGCCUUUUCUGUCCUGACCAGAUUGGUGGUAUUUCCAUCUCUUCUCAUGAGCGCCGAUGCAAUCACCUGGCAAUCGAGUUCCAACAGGCGGCAUCGUGUAAGGCCCGAAUUUCCAAGAGUCGCUUAAGAGUGCAUCAAACUUCAACAGACUCGGAGAUCACAACUCUCGGUCCUUCGCCUUGACAACAUCCGCAUCCACAACCUUCUCAUCAAGUUCCAAGACUUUCCCAUUUGCCGACGGUUUCGAGGUGUUCCAUCCCAAUGCCGCCAAUCUUUCCGCCAAGAUAGGGUGGCUGUAAUGAUAGCUUGCAUACAUCCAAUCUGCGUCCAUGGUACUCAGGUUUUGGACCUGGAGCUUGAUCAGACUCCUUGCCAGUUCUUUCUGGUAUCCCAGGUUGAACGCAAAUGUGUCGGCCUCGAAUUCGAAUUUGCGGGAGAGAACAUUCAUCAGCAAUUUCACUACUGCGUCCAUUGGUGCCAGAGCAUCGGAGAACAAGAUGAAGCCGAUAAUGAUUGGAUGAGAGUUGUGAAAGCCGAAAGCCGAGUAUAGAGAGUUGUUGUCGAUAAAGACGCUGAAUAGGGCGAAUAUGUAGAACAUGUGGAACUAAUAUUGGUCAGUCCAGAACAAGCGCUUCC